AUGUUAGAUCAAUUAGCUUGCCUUCAAGAUCACAUCCUACAACACGUUCAUAAGAAACUUGAGGCUUUGGUGAUCAGCAUUGAAGAUGUCGAGAACUGUAUGGAGCGAGUUCUUUUUGACGUGCAACCAUCAGAGAUUGCCAACACAUAUCAUCUUCUCUCUCCAGAUGCCAUUGUGUCUGGUCCACCUCUUUAA